GUUUUUACUUGGAGGGUCUCGGAUUCACAAAUUCAGAGCUGAAACAACGAUGUCCGCCAGAGCGUUGAGGAAGGUGCUUAAUGAACAAGAAUCAGCAAAGAAUCAAGACAUCAUAUUGUCCGAUGAUGAUGAGUCGGAAUCACCCUCCAAUUCACCCCGCCCUUCUUCAAUUAAUCCUUUCGAUCUCCUCAACGAAGAGGAGGAGCAGGAGAAGGAACAGGAACAGGAGAAUGAUGCUAGUGAUGUUGAUACCUCCUCUACAGUAAAAAAUGAACACAAUUUACUCCCCAGUAAGAAAAAUACUGCUACCAAUGCCAUAUCAUCCAGUCAAAAAUCAAAGAAAAAGAAAAAGAAGAAGAAAAACAAGGCAACUACAGGCACUGUGGAUUCCUUAGAUGCCAUAUUAGAAGAUUUAUCUUUUGGAGUCAAUUCAUCUGGUGGUCAAAGUCAAAGUCAAACCCGGUCUUCAAGAAAGAAAUCUGAAAAUGUGAAUGAUGAGGGUGAUAGACAUAGACCAAGGAAAGGAUGCACAACAAACAUACUGCAAGUGGAUCCAAGAUUUCUUAGUGCAGAAAAUGAGCUGAGGAGAAUAUUUGGAUCAAAAGUUGUGAGUUCAUUUGAAAGAAGUAAUCAAAAUCAAGCAGGAAGUUCUAGACAACAGAGUCGAACAGGGAGACGUGGGGCCCACACCCACACCCAUAGAAAAACAAUUAUGGUUUCUCCCUCAGAGCAUUGGCCUAGGUGGGAUGGAUCUCUAUCCAUGGAGCUUCUUGAAAACAAAGAUGGGUUCACCUAUUUCAGGUAUGUGCCAUCAUCAACCUACAGCCUAGCUCAAAGACAAUUUGAAGCUGCAAAAGCAUCACAUGAUCUGAACACCAUAGCAAGUAUUCUUUUACACCACCCUUACCAUAUAGAUUCCCUCACAACCCUAGCAGAAUACUUCAAAUUCUCAGGUGAACUCCAAAUGUCAGCAGAUGCCACUUCAAAAUCUUUAUACGCCUUAGAAUGUGCUUGGCAUCCAUUAUUCAAUCCUUUACAAGCCACCUGUAAAUUACAAUAUAAACAUGAAACAAAUCAACAGCUUUUCACCACACUCUUUUCCCACAUGAAAAACAUGGAUAGACGCGGGUGUCAUCGCUCAGCUCUUGAAAUAUGCAAACUAUUAGUUUCCCUAGACUCAGAUGACCCAAUGGGCGCGUUAUUCUGUAUUGACUAUUUUGCCCUUAGAGCCGAAGAGUAUAAAUGGUUGGAAACGUUUUCUGAAGAGUAUAAUAGCGAUAACUCCAUGUGGUUGUAUCCGAAUUUCUCAUAUUCACUUGCAAUUUGUCGGUUUUAUCUUGAACGUGAAGAAAAAGAAAAAGAAAAAGAUAAGUCCAGUUCGAGUGAUCUUAUGAAACAGGCUUUAAUGCUUCAUCCAUUGGUUUUAAAAAAGUUGGUGGGUAAAGUUCCUUUGAAAGAACAGGUGUGGACGAAGAUAACUAAUCAUGGUUUUUUUGGAAUGGAUCAAAGUGGGAGUGAAUCAUUGGAUCAUUUGAUUAAUAUUUAUGUUGAAAGGAGUUAUAUUAUAUGGAGACUCCCUGAGCUUCAUAAUUUUCUUAAGGAUACGGCUUUAUCAGUAAUUGAAAAGAUGGAAAUUAGUCGAAGUGAAGCUAAAGAUUGGGAGUGUGUGAGAAAAGAAGCAUUUGCAUCCGAUAAAAACGAGUAUUCACACUUGAUGGUAUCUGAUUUCUCUGAUUCAACGCCAACAAUCCCUCCAGAAAAUUUGCAAAAUUUUAUGAUUGAUCCGAGGUUGGUGGACAUGCAUAAUAAUAAUGUUAAUGUUAAUGUUGUUGGUGACAACCAAGAAAAUAUUCCGGGUCUGGGUCUGGGUCCGGGUCCCGCACGGGCCCCUCGUGAAGUUGCAAACAGGAAUGCAUUGGCGGUUUUGUUUGAGUCCAUGUUACCAUGGAUUGAUUAUGGAACAAGAGAAGAUGAUGAUGCUCAAGACGAUGAGGAUUGAUUGAUUAAACCUUUUUUUAUUUUUAUUUUAUUUUGAUUUAGAGUCUUAAUAAUUUAUGUUGAGAUUAUUAUCUUUUAAGAAGGAAUUUUACACCAAGUUUUGGGUGUAUACAUACCCGCAAACAAUCAGAUAUUAAUGAGUUGUCGUUGUAUAUCACUUGGA